AUGGAUAGCUCGGAGAGACGAAAGCUGAAUCGUCUUUUACGAAAGCCUUCACAUUCAGGUUUGAGUAAACCGUCCGCUGCAAAACACAAACUUGUUCCACGUGGCCUUCACAAACCUGUUCGUUCCACUGCUUCUGUCGCUGCCACUGGUGGUGGUGAGGAUGAAUCCAAGUCGCAUGGUUUUAGUGUAGACCUAACAAACCUUUGUGCGGAAAUGUGCGGUGUAUCCGGUCUGCAACAGUCUGCUGCUCUGAGCCUCCGAAAACAUCUCAUGCAGAUUUGUCGCCUGAUGGUUCACAGCAUACUACGUGUUAUGGAGCAAAGUCGUCGCGGAGUUCCGCAAGCAGUGGAUGUUGAUUUAGCCUCGGUAUUGAUUGGGCUUGAGCCCGCAUUCGGCACGGCUUCUUCCUCUUCCUUUCUUCCCAUCCGUACGGGAGGUCGCACAGCCAGUUCCGGACCCGGUGGCAAAGUGUUUUUCAUUCGUCCGGAUAAAGAGAUUGAUUUGAAAGCCUUGCUGUUACGUGAGCCUGCUGGUGUUGUUUACGAUGCCAGUCUCACGGCACAUUGGUUAUCUGUCAACGGACGUCAACCGAUUUCUCCUCAAAAUCCACCCCCGGACUUUGUGGCUCGUAUGAGUCUAUUGAAUGGAACUACUUCGGCGAAAGAUUCCAAAUCGAAAUCACUGAGCCAAGAGCCCACAGCUUCGGAUCGCCCGUCGGAACCGGAGCAAUCGGCCGAUCCGAAGCAGCUCGGUUCGUUGGCUAUGAAGCGUAAAGCGGAUCGUAAUCCAUAUCAACUGGACUCGGAAUUUCUAUCACAUCCUCGUUCAGUCACUGCCCUGUCAGUUACCCGUCGUCCGCACGAAGUCAGUCAAGAGGUGAUGAUUUAUUUCCGUGAACUGACUGAAGCGUGUGUGGGUGCCAAUGAGAAUCGUCGUCACGAGGCGUUGGACAAUGCCACUCUGGAUCCGGGAUUGCAGCCAAUCUUGCCCCAUUUGGUCACAUUCAUCACGGAGGGCGUUCGUGUCAAUGUGACCAAUCACAACUUGGCUAUUCUGAUCUACCUGAUGCGAUUGGUCAAAGCUCUGGUGGACAAUCCGCACAUACAUAACACAUCAACCAAUGAGCUAUACAACCGGGUCACACGGGAAUUGUCUCGCGCGUUGUGCAAUUGGAUUGAAGGGGCUCACGUCAGCGGAAGCAGUCUCUCCAACAUUCCCCCAUCACGCCUGGGCUCAGAUUCGUUCACCUCCGCUGACAAUGGGAAGUCUUCAACGGAUUCCAAUGAAUUCAAGGAAUCCAAGAAGGCGGAGCCAUCUACUACUCCCGCUGGCACCACAACACGCGGCCCUAGUUUGGGAACGGCUGUUCAUUCGAUGAACACACUGUAUGGGAUUCUUGUAGCAUUGGCUGAAUUCGGAGCCCAGUGUUUGCGGAUUCUGGUGUUCCCUUUGUUACCAGCAUUAUGUCAACGGCUCACAGAACUCGUCGAACCACCC